AUGAUUCAUGUUCGCACAGUAACAUAUUCGAAAUUUUCGGAAAACAAAAAAGGAAAUUGCUCCAACGAGAAUGAAACGGAAAAGAACAUUAAUCAUAACCUCACUGCAACAAUAAAUAAGUAUGAGAUUUUUCACGAUGAAGCAGAUGUUAUCUUAGAUGUUACCGAAGAGCAACGGAAGAUAAAUCUUGAAGAUUUGGAAAAACAACAAGUUUAUGAUCCUUACGCAGAUAUAAAUUCGACUCGUGGUACUACUGGUGUAAUUGAAAUUGAGGAGCUUGUUACUCUAUUAGAACGAGACAAGGCUAAGGAUAUUUUUGUUGCUUCAGUGCCAAAGGACUAUUCUUAUGUAGACUAUAUUGUUGUAGUGACAGCAAAAUCACAAAAACAUAUGAGCGCACUGGCCACCUUUGUGCGCAAAGUUUACAAACUAAAAAAACACCCAACUGAUUUAAUACCAAAACUUGAAGGAAAACAUUCUAAUGAUUGGGUGGCGAUAGAUUUGGGAAACAUUGCUCUGCAUAUUUUCUCUCAGUCUGCCAGACAGCAUUAUGAUUUAGAAACUUUGUGGACAGUUGGUUCUCAAUUUGAUGAUAAAACUAAUGAAUCUGAAGACCUAAGUAUAAUGGAUCAGUACAAUGCUAUUUUGGCUGAUUUUCAACCAGCUGAUAAUGUUCAGUAA